UCAAUAAACAUUCCGCCCUCGGUGCUCGGGCUCCUGCUUGCGCGUCCGCGUGCGCGCGCGUCCGCGUGUGCCGGGGGGGACCCUGGGCGCGCGCCGCGGCCCGCAGCCCCCGGGAACCUUCCUGGCGGCGCCCGUUUCCGGCCGGAGCGGCUUCCCGGCGGCCCAGGCGCCCCGCCCCGCCGUUCCUCCCGCGGACCCUCCUUCCGCCCGGCUCCGCGCGCCCCUCGGCGGGGCGGGGUGGGGGUCCCCGAGCGGCCGGCGCCUGGAGGCUGCAGCAGCGGGCCAUGGCGGCCCCCGAGCCGGACCCCGCGGCGCCCGGGCCGCGCCCGCACCGCUACCUGCUCAUCGACACGCAGGGCGUGCCCUACACGGUGCUGGUGGACGAGGAGCCGCCGCGGGCGCCCGCCGCGCGCGCCAAGGGCUACCGCUGCCCGGUGUGCGCCCGCGUGUUCGAGUACAUGUCGUACCUGCGGCGCCACAGCGUCACGCACUCGGAGGCCAAGCCGUUCGCCUGCGACUCGUGCGGCAAGGCCUUCAAGCGGGCCAGCCACCUGGCGCGCCACCGCGCCACGCACCGCGCCGGGGGCGGCCGGCCCCACGGCUGCCCGCUGUGUCCACGCCGCUUCCGGGACGCGGGCGAGCUGGCCCGGCACCGCCGCGCGCACUCGGGGGAGCGCCCGUUCCAGUGCCCGCACUGCCCGCGCCGCUUCUUGGAGCAGGACACGCUGCAGAAGCACACGCGCUGGAAGCACCCCUGAGGGCG